UAAACCUUUUGUUUAAGCCUCUACUGCACUUUAUAAAAUUCCCUACAGGGUAUCCCUAUCAUUACUGCCAACAUUAUAGAGUAGAAACUUCAACCACAUUGAUUUACAAUUCUCAUCGCAUGUGAUGCUGGCAUCCAUUACUAAAGAAUGCAUGGUUAUGCUGCACCAACUCUCAGAUGCUGCAGUCUGCAGUGGCAGACGCCCUGAGCCAAGCCUCUCUCGAGCAUCUCCUGGUGCAGUCUGCAGUGGCAGAUUCCCUGAGCCAAGCCUCUCUCAAGCAUCUCCUGGUGCAGUCUGCAGUGGCAGAUGCCCUGAGCCAAGCCUCUCUCAAGCAUCUCCUGGUGCAGUCUGCAGUGGCAGAUGCCCUGAGCCAAGCCUCUCUCAAGCAUCUCCUGGUGCAGUCUGCAGUGGCAGAUGCCCUGAGCAAAGCCUCUCUCAAGCAUCUCCUGGUGCAGUCUGCAGUGGCAGACGCCCUGAGCCAAGCCUCUCUCAAGCAUCUCCUGGUGCUGGCAAAGUCAAGUCUGAAGCUUUGGAAAUGGUUGAACCUUCUCCGGUCAUCAAAGUUUCUGCUAUCUCCAUCAAAAAAGAGCUUGAUGAUGAAACUGAGGACUUAUCCAUCAAAGAAGAGACAUUCUUGUAUGGAAAUGAGGCUUGCCCAACUGAACAGCUCAGCCAUGCACCUGCAUUCUCCUCUUGUUUGCCAUGCAAGAUGGAAGUUCAUGUUGAGGAUCAUGGCAACCACCCAAGCUCAUCACAGAACAUUUCUGCUCUGUUGGUCAAUCAGUGCGAAGCUGGUGGGUCAGCAUCGGCAUCAGGAGAUGCUGCUGACAACGCUGGCGUCUCUGGGGCGUCCAACUCCAGGCAAGGCAGGAGGCUUGGUUGUUCCCAGCGUGGAUUGGUGCCUGCAAGUGCAGGUCAACAGCAGCAGCACAUUCAUCAAGAACAUCUUGCUUCAGGAUCCCAUCGUUCCUCUGACUGCGACAACACCUCUAGUUCAGGGAGUGGACUGCAGCAGAACGAUAAUGCUAUGCAUUCGAUAAAAGACUCACUGCAGUGCCAAGACUGUGGUUAUAAAUGUACCACGAAGAAAUCAAUGCAAAAGCAUAUAGCUUGCAAACACUUACGCAGAAGUAAACACCAAUGUCACUUCUGUUUAAAUUCGUGUGCCACCAAAGCUGGACUCAAACAACAUAUUCUCUUGAGGCAUCCUCAGGGAAAUUCACAGAAAUUUUCUAAUGUUAAAUACGUUGAUGGUUGCAAAAAAAUCCUGCACAAGCAUUGCAUUUCUAAAUUGUCAACAAUGAAGAAAAUGGGCUGCACUGAGUGUGAUUUUGCUUGCACUACAAAAAGAAGCUCGAAAAGGCAUUUUCUUUUUAAACAUUCAACAGAAAAACUUAUUCAGUGUUCUGAGUGUGAUUAUUCUUGCAUCGCAAAAAACUUGAAACGUCAUUUUCUAAAUAUGCAUUCAGCAGAAAAACCUUUUCAGUGCACCGAGUGUGAUUAUGCUUGCACGACAAAUAGGAACUUGAAGCGACAUUUUCUUCAAAAGCAUUCAACAGAAAAACCUUUUCAGUGCACUGA